GCAGCAGCCUAGAAAGUUUUCCAUCGAGUGCUCUUGUAGAAGCUGCUGCUGCCGUAUUUAAUCGCCAGUGAUGACGCCGGAGGAUUUCGCCAUUCUCGAGUUGAAUGCGCAAGAGCAACCCGCUUUGGAAGUAGAAAACGAAGCUCUCCACUAUUUGCAGCCGAUCAUGGUGUCUGAUUCGCCCAGUAAAUCUUCAGAAACGAAUUACAGUUUCAUGAAGCAUUUUACGACGAAGAAUUUGUUCUGUUGCAAGGGGCGCAACCCAAAGUUCUUCUGCUUUACGUGUGGGUAUUUUAUUCAAACCCGGCUCAGCAUGAUCACACACAUGAAAAUGCAUCGUAAACCGUUCUGUGCGAUCUGCUUCGAAACGUUCCACGAUGACGACGAUGUGCCGAUACAUAUCCUCGAGAAUCAUCCCGAGUUUUCGGGUAACGAUGGCCGUCCAAUAGCGCAGCCGGCUUAUUCCUCUCCAACGGUGGCACCCCCAAACUCACCGUCCCGGUGCGAUGAGCACACUAAUGGCGGAACCGGAUUCCAGCGGGAUGGGAUGAUGUCUUCGCAUUCGGUAUCCUUGGUAACGAUGAAGUUAGAGGAACACCAGCGUAAAAACGCUAAACCAGGAAGGAACAUUCAUCAACGGCUGAAUCGAUACGAUACUAUCCAGAGGCCCGCUAAAAGCCAAUCGGGAUCACGGAGCAUGAAAAAAACGCACAAGCUAAAGUGCAUGUCGAAGACAAUACAAAACACAGACCAGGAGGAUACUGCACUCGUGCGUAUUACAUCUCGCUUUGGUCGUUCCAUUAGCCUGAAAGUGCCGCAGUUUUAAAAUCCCUACAUACUUCGUCGAUUAGGUAGUUUAUAUUAUCUCAUAUCUUGCUGGCAUAAGCGUACUAUCAAGGCAGGUCCGAAGAGAAGGACAUGCGAAUUGGGCAUGGCAUUGUAUGCUAAAUAAAUCAAAAGUAACAUCA